AAAGGGGAGGUUGUUCCCUGAUCGGAUGGUCAGAGUCCAAACACACAAAUUCAGAGAUAUCCUUUUGAUGAAGUGAUGGAAUCUCAGUAUCGCCAGUUCGGAUCGUCUGAACACAGCUCUGUCCAUGUCCAGGGGGAGCAGACAAUACCAAUACAAAGAGGUAGAAAGAACAUAGUUGUUUAUGUCCUCUAUGGCAUCCUGGUCCUGCUGCUGUUAAUUCUGCUGCUGGUAACUGGGAUCAAAUUGUCCCAGUUAAGCAAGGAAAUCGCUGAUGUCAAACUGUAUAUUGGCAGAAACAACCAUAAACCUGCAGGAUCGGUGCAGCCAGUCUAUUUGGAGGCGCUCACUCCAGUCAGAGACCGUUGUCGGGAAGGAUGGUCGUCUUUUCAGAACAGCUGUUACCUGCUGUCGAAUGCUGUUUUAACCUGGAAACAAGCUGAGACGCAGUGUCAGACACUCGGAGGACACCUGUUGGUUCUGAAUGAUGUGCACGAACUGGACUACAUCUCCAGAAUAAUUGACAUCAGGUAUAGCUUCUGGAUUGGGCUUGUUGAGCGUCAACAUGAAGGACACUGGAGCUGGGUGGAUGGAACUGACUUCAGUUCAACGCCAACGUUCUGGGAUGAAGGUCAGCCUGACAACUGGGAUUACAGGGAGAAUGGGGAGGACUGUGGCCAGCUUCAUGGAUCUGAGAAACGCAAACGCAAGAUGUGGAAUGAUGCAGACUGUUUCCUACAGUACCGCUACAUUUGUGAAGCAAAAGCAUGAGACGACUCCCAUUAAUAACCAGUAGUUAUUACAGGCCUAGUGUGGCAGACCAACAUGAUGACUAUGAUGACUAUGGCAUUAAUUUGGUCCUAGAGCUGCUUUAAGA